GGAGCACCGCCGAAGGGAAGCUGCAGCCAGGCGACCAGCUUCUUCUGAUAAACUCUACCACGGUGGAUGAUGUGUCUGUGGAGAGAGCUGCUGACAUCAUCAGGGAGGCCGGCGACGAGCUCCUCCUAACCGUCCUGCGCUGCACGUCGGGCGGGCCGAAGUCAUCGUUUCUUACUGCAGAGAAGAGGGCAAGGCUAAAAACAAACCCUGUGAAAGUACGGUUCGCAGAGGAGGUGCUGGUGAAUGGACACACGCAGGGGAGCUCUCUUCUUUGUAUGCCCAACGUUCUCAAGGUAUACUUGGAAAAUGGACAGACGAAGGCUUUCAGGUUUGAGAAGAGCACUACUGUGAAGGACAUUGUUCUCACCUUGAAGGAGAAGCUCUCCAUCCGGAGCAUCACACACUUUGCCCUCGCUCUGGAGGAGCAGUACAACGUGGCGAAGAUCCACCUGCUGCAUGAGGAGGAGUUCAUCGAGCAGGUGGUCCAAAAAAGAGAAUCUCAUGACUACCGAUGCCUCUUCAGAGUUUGCUUUGUCCCAAAGGAUCCCUUAGACCUCCUGCAGGAAGACCCAGUUGCCUUCGAAUAUCUCUACCUGCAGAGCUGCAGCGAUGUGCUUCAAGAAAGAUUUGCUGUGGAAAUGAAAUGCAGUGUGGCAUUACGUCUGGCUGCUCUGCACAUACAGGAGAGGAUCUACGCUUGUGCUCAGCCACAGAAAGUAUCCUUGAAAUACAUUGAGAGGGACUGGGGAAUCGAAAAUUUCAUCUCGCCAACUUUGCUUCGGAACAUGAGAGGGAAGGACAUCAAGAAAGCCAUCAGCUACCACAUGAAGCGGAACCAGGUGCUGCUUGACCCUCGGCAGAAGCAUAUGCUCGCAGCAGUCCAAGUGCGCCUGAGCUACCUGCAAAUCCUGGGAGACCUGAAGAUGUACAAUGGGAGGAUCUUCAAUGCCACGCUGAUGCUGCAGGACAGAGAAUCGUACGUUGCCUUGCUGGUGGGUGCCAAGUACGGCGUGAGCCAGAUUAUCAAUAAUAAGCUCAAUAUCAUAACAAGUCUGGCAGAGUUUGCAAAUAUCAGCAGGGUGGAGCUUGCAGAGGAGUCUGAAAAAGUGAGCAUGGUGAAAAUCUACCUGCAGGAUCUAAAGCUCCUGACUCUGCUGCUGGAAUCAAACAAUGCAAAAGAUCUUGUCUGCCUCAUCACUGGCUAUUACAGACUGUUUGUGGAUGCACAUAUCUCCAUAUUUACCUGGGAAGAGAAAAGACAGCAACUGCACCGCGUCUCAGCUGAAGAAGGUUAUGAAUCUCGGACCUGCAGUGACUCUGAAGACUCCUGGGAGCUGGAUUACUCCUCAGAGCACUGCUUAGGCGCUCCUGUAGCAUACAGUGCCCGUCCUGUGCGCCGUGAAGAGGCGUUGGGAGAGCUCCACCGCCUGGAGAAGGACAGCACAGAGCCCCAGGCUGGAGGCUGUGACCAGUGCAGCGGGGGGGACAAUGUAGACAGCACAUCCGAUGCCUCAGAUUCAGCCAACACCGAGAGCCGAGGGUUUAAGACAAGCGGCUCCAGCGACUCCAUGGAUGCACUGGAGGAAGAUGAGUUGGAAGCUUGCUCUUCCUCCGGGCCACAGUUAUUCCACUUCUACACGCCAACAGUGCAGGAGAUGAGCAGCUCAGACAAGAACUUCUUCCCUGUUCAUGCUGCAGGAGGCUCCAGCAGGGCCGAAAGCGGAGACUACUUCUGUUUCUUGCAGGUACCACAUGCCGAGAAGCCCGGCUGUGAAGACAGCUCCUCUGAGCAGCGAGAGGAGGACGUUGGUGCAUCUGUGCUAGAAACCAAGCUGUCUGAGAGAAACACCAUGGGCUAUUACAGCCUGUGCUGCAGCGUAUCCCCGGCAGGCAGUGGGGAGAGGAGCAGCGCCGGCUGCAGCCCUCAAAGAAGUCCUUGGAGAGAUGAGUCUGCCCAGGAGGAGGCACCGUGUGGAGCAGUGCAAACAGCAGAGGCCAGCGACCUCAUUUUGGAGCCACCCCCAGGCUUCGGUGACACCAGCUCCGAGGAGGAGUUCUACGAUGCUGCGGACAGGCUCAGCCCUCCGGAUGCCGUGGCAGGCUACAAUAUGACAUCCCAGCAGGGUACAGACAACUCCUCCUGCAUCCUAAAGAAACCAAGAUGUUACAGCUUGGGGGAAAACCUGAUGACAAGGGAGAAGCAUGGGAAGGAGAAGGAGCUGACGUAUGCCAAGAGCCUGAGGAAGAGGAGAUCUUUCCUGAAAACUGAUUACACCUCGCAGGUCACUUUUCCCUUGGCUUUGCCAGGCUCUCUGCAGAGCUGCUGCUCUUGGCCACCCCCUGCACGACUCCUCGCUCAGCCCCCUGCUCCCCUGGCCUCAGAGGACAUUGAGGAGGAUGCAGAGCUGGGAGGUCCUGCUGCCAUGCUGGCCCAGAGAGACGCUGCCAGCACAGACACAGACCCAUCCUCUGGCCUGAUGGAAAUGGAGCCUUUCACCAUGGAAACAAAGUCAGUGACUGACUCGGUGGUUUCUUCCAUUUCAGCUGUUCGCCUGCAGGGUGACCAGCACAGGGAGAUGAGUGCAGGUGCUGCCAUACAUGUGGACGGUGGCCUCCAGCCUGCACAUGCUGUGCCCCUUCCUGAAGCUGCCUCCUCCAUGAAGACAGAUGCUGGGUGGCUAAGCGAGGAGAGCUGUGUGGCCACCAGAGGCCAGCUGGCCCACGUGGCACUGGAGGAGGUGGGUGAGUUGGUGGCAGCCCAGCACGAGGUCGGUGUUGUUCCCCCGUUCCCGGGCCAAGAGGUGACCUGCGCUGCCAACGAACACACGCUGCCACCGUCGGCUCGCGGCCCCGGCGUGGCCUCUCUCCAUGAGGAGGAUCUGCUCCCCACGGCUGGGAGGCAAACAGCGUGCGAGGAGUCUGUCCCGGCUCCCUGCGAAGAAAGAGAAGGCAAUCGUGACGACAGCGCCUUGUCACAGGCAAAAGGCAGACAAGGGAUAAACAAGGAGGCCUUACGGAAAGCGCACAAGAAAAACUACGUGGGUUUUCCAGAUGCAACCCAGCUCGUAACAGAUUGCAGCAUCACGUCAGGGGUUAUCACUCGUCUCUCCUGGCUCUCAUCUGGGGUGAGGACAGACCUCACAUCACCCAGCCCAUCUCAGGAAAAGGUGGAUACCCCACUGAAGCUUUUGGCCUCUCAGAAGACCAGUGGGUGCCUGGGGGCUGACGCUGUCAGAGGGGAGACACAGACAUCCCAAGCUGCACCACCCUCUGAAGAGUUAGUGAGCAGCCAAAGUCUGGAUGAAGGAGAGCCUAGAAAAGACGCAGGAAAUGUGGCUCACGAUCACCUGUGGCCUGUUGAGACUCCUCAUCCCAGAGAACAGGCUGCUGAGUUGGGGAAAGACUCCCCUCUGACUCCAUCUUUAGGGCUUUCCAUCUCCUCAGGCCCAGUUCCCUUGGGCUUGUUGGGGAAAAGAGCAGGAGACCGUGGGGCUUCAAAACACUCCUUCCUCUGCUUUAACCACAGGGACGAGCAGACCCCUUCUCACCCCAUCAUGACCAGAUCCUUGGGUUUUUGCACAAUGAAGACGACAUCCGCGCCUCAGCUUGGGAUGGACAAGUGCAGCUGUCAGCUGUCCUACAUCAGCUGCUUCCACAGGCCUAAUGACAAGGGGGAACAUGAAACCCCCGUCCCCAUGUUUCUGGGCCCCCUUACCACCCCACCGCCCCGCAGCUGCAGUCUUCCUGGGACCCCUGUGAGCAGUUACCCAGUCUCCCUUGCUGGGGACGUGGCACAGUGGGACCCUCAUGUCCAAGCCCUCAGCCAGCUGAAGGACCAAGCACAGAUGAGCCCUGCAGAUUUCUCCUGCUUCCUUGCCUACACUGCAGAGCUUCAGGAGGUUGUGGGGAAGCUCUCUGCGAACCAAGCAACCCACCUACAAGAUCGAUGCGCAGGGCAGGGCGCUGAGAGCAAGGAUGCCCUUGGCGUAGCCUCCCGGGACCUGCUGUCCAGCUGCCAGGAGCUCCUGAAGACAGAGCAGCCCCUGGAAGAGCUGCAGGGCGUGCUGAGGGUGACGUUCGGCCACCUGGUUCGGCUGGCAGUGGCCUGUUUCCGGGUGACGCACUGCCAGCUGUGCAAGGAGAGGCAGCAGGAGCUCGGGGCCACGCUUGUGGACGUGGUGGGCACCUACCACCAGCUUCUGCAGGCUGUUCAGCAGUGGCUUCACAGGCAAGGCUGCCCAGAGCUGGGUGCCAAGCUCCUCGCCUGCCAGCUAACAGCCCUCAGAGCUGCUGUGUUUUGUCUCCUGCAGCAGGUCAGGGUACCCCCACUGCUGUAA